AUGUUUUGUUUUUUUUCUUUUUUUGCGUCAGAAUUUUUCUCACCAUUCAUUGGUCAGUGAGCAGGAAGUAAGCUCACGUAGCAACGUUAGCUCGACGGGAUAAGUAUGUAAUUGAUAUCUAAGACUCGGUUCUGGAACGUUUUCGGCAAAGUAUUGGGUUUACCUAUUAUUCGUUUGCAGUUCAUAAUGUAAUUAUCAAUCAUUUACAAAGAGACUGGACUAUUAGCAUCCAUUGAGCUAACGCAGCUAACAGCAACGACUUAAUGUUUCCGAGGUUAAAGCUUUUAAAAGAUCAUGAUUUAGAGCUACAAGACGAAUCCGCAUGGGUUUGUGAGACUAUGUGGGGAAGACCACAUCGUCUGUGGACACCUCCUCUGACCAUGUUGUCCAGCUAAGGACCGAGAGACAGGGGACAAAGUGGACCCAGAAGUGUUGACCAAGUUUCAGAAACCUGGAUGUACUAGAACAUGUGAAAGUUAUAAAAAAAUUUAAAAAAGGAUUGUGAAAGGGGGAAUCCGAGGGGGAGCCAGGAUGUCUGAGACGAUGAAGGUCGAAGCAGAUGAACCUGGAGGGAUCAGCUUGGAGCCCCCCAUACCUGCAGCAUCCACAACGGAACCGGAGGAGGAAACACAAGACAGCAAAGAUCUUAUUUAUCAGAUAUUGGUGAUCAAAGAAGAGGUUCCGCAUGACUGGAGCUCCUGUUUGGACCAGCAAGGCUCAACGACCCCCCACAUAAAGAAGGAAGAGGUGGAACAGUGGAUCAGUCAGGAGGAAGAACAGUUUGCUGUGAAGGAUGAAGAAGAACAGAAACCUAAGUUAUUAGAGCUUCAGCAAAUUAAAACUGAAGAUAAUGGGCAGACAGAAGCUCCAACGAGCAGCUCAGCUGGACAGAUAAAAACAGAACCUGAUGGAGAGCUCAGUGGAGGACCAGAACCAGAUAACAACUUAGAACUUUUAGCUGCUUCUCAAGAAAGUCACACAGUAGUUUACAACAUAGGUGAAACAUCUAAUCUGCUUUCCAAACUCACAUCCAAGAUAGAAACACAUACUGAAAAGAAGCCAUUUGGUUGCAGUAUUUGUAGAAAAGGGUUCAAAUGUCAAACUUCUAUUGAAAUACACAUGUUGACACACAAUGGGAAGAGAGAACAUAGCUGUGACCUUUGUGGUAAAGUGUUUAAAAAGAAGAGUUCUCUUCAGACACACAUGAGAGUCCACACUGGUGAGAGACCAUUUGCCUGCGCUGACUGUGGUAGAAGGUUUCAUAGAAAGGCGAUUCUUAAAAGUCACUUGGAGGUCCAUUCAGGGGAAAAGUCUUUUUCCUGUGAUGUUUGUGGUUCAGGGUUUAAAAGAAAAGAAACCCUUAAAAAGCACAUGUGGAUCCACUCUGCAGAGAAACCAUUUGUUUGUAGUAUUUGUAGUAAAGGAUUUUCACGACAAAAUCAUCUCAAGAGUCACAUGUGUGUUCACACAGGAGAGAAACCGUUUAUUUGCAGUGUUUGUAGUACAGGAUUUGCAUUACAACAUAGUCUAAAGACUCACAUGCUUGUUCACACAGGUGAGAAACCCUUUAUUUGCAGUUUUUGUAGCAAAGCAUUUUCCCUGCAGAGUCAUCUAAAAAGUCACAUGCGCGUUCACACAGGAGAGAAACCGUUUGUUUGUAGUGUUUGCAAUAAGGGAUUUUCACUGCAAGAGAAUUUGAAGAGACACAUGCGCGUUCACACUGGGGAGAAACCAUUCAUUUGUAGUUUUUGUUGCAAAGGAUUCUCACAACAAAAUCAUCUAGAGAGUCACAUGCGUGUUCACACAGGGGAUAAACCGUUUAUUUGUGGUGUUUGCAGUCAAGGAUUUUCACGACAGGCUUAUUUGAAAAACCACAUGGAUGUUCACACUCCACAAUUUGGAGAUAGUUAACCUGUUACAGAGGAAAUACAGUUAACAAGCUUAUCUGACCACUAUGCACCUUUCAGUGUUUUGUAUAUUGUGGACUGAGAUUUUGAUUAAGCUAAAUUUUUGGUAGACUUAAUGGGGUUUAUGAACCACAAGCUUCCACAGAGUGUGAUUUUUGUCUUUCGUUUUGUUAUAAUAGGAUUUAAUGAAGCGCUUGUAAACAAACUAAUGUAAGCUGUUGGCCGGCCAGUUACAGGUAUUUCUAUUAUGUAUUUCUCAGGCACAUUGUGCCAUUUUAUAGCACAAUCAAGUGACUUUUACUUUCAGUUAUUAUAAAAAUGCUGUAUAUGUCAAAAACUUUAAAGAAAAGAAUUUGUCUUGACAAAUAAAAAAACAAGCAGACAAACUUAAAAAAUAUGAACUCUACUCCCCCAUACAUCUCACUGUGCUAGCAACAUAUGUUUAUGUUUUUCAUUAUUGGCAGGGUUGCCCAACUCUGGUCUUUGAUGGCUACUAUCCUGCAACUUUUAGAUGUCUCCCUUCUGCAACACACCAGAAUCAAAUUGUUAAUCUGCAUCUUUUAGCUUUGCAAAAGCGAGGUUACGAGCCAUUCAUUGACUGACUUUGGGCACCCCUGAUGUACAGUGAGGAUGAGUGUUUGCCAUGGAGUAUGUGGCUAAAAAUGAACCUCAGAAAUUUGAUGACAAGUAUAUUUCCAGCCUUUCUGUUAAAGUGGAUUUAGGAGAAAAAAUUCCUAAAUGAUCAGUUUGAAUUACCCAAAUAUAAAUGUAUGUUUAUUUAAUGAAUUUUCAUGUAUGGUCUUGUGUAACAUUUCAAAGUCUAUGAUCAGGUCAUGUGAUGUUUUUAAAGCUCGUGACAAAAACAAAGUCAAUUAGAGAAAUAUUAUCUAUCCAUCUGUUCUCUAAACCUGCUUAUCCUUGCAGGGUUCUGGGGAACUGAUGCCUAUUUACCUCAAUCAUUGGGCAAGAAGCAACGUAUAGCCUUUACAGGUCAUCAGUCCAUUACAUGGUAACAGAGACGCACACAGGACAAACAACCAUGCACACACACCUAUGAACAAUUUAGAAAGACCAAUUGACCCAACAGUCAUGUUUUUGGCUGUGGUAUGAAGCCGGAGUACCUGGAAAAAACCCAAGCAUCUACAGGGAGUACAUGUAAACUCCAUCUAGGAAGACUAUGUCAUUUAUUUUCAUAUGUCAGUUGCACCAAAUUCACAAAGCCAGAAGUUGGUGGCAACAUUUUAAUCUAAGCUUCAUAUGUUUACAUUUGAGUCCGUUUUCAUUUUCAGAUUCUGGUUCUAUAAAGUUCACUGUGCAUGUUUCUGGUUUUUAUUGUUGUUUUUUUUACUUUUGCUUUGGAUAUUUCUUUAUUUUCUGGGGAAAUAUUUUGCCAAAGUUGGUUAGGUUAAAAUAAUAGAUCACUUAGGUGAAGUUGGGCUGAAGAAAGUGAUGCCAAAGAUGU